AUGGUUCAUUAUACUAGGCUUAGUGAUAAUACGGACGAAUCUCUGAAGAAGUUUCAGGAGCCAAAAUGGUCAAUUCGAAUAUUUAUUUUUAUAGCUCUUUUAAUUUCUUUUUCAAUUUUACUAACAGUUUCCUACAAAUCAAUGAUGAUUCCGAACAAAUUUAUCGUGAGAUUAUCUGGAAAAGAGCGCGCUCCUCUGAAGCAUAUAACAAGAAGCAUCACGAAAUUCGCAGAUUAUUAUUUUACAGAAUCUGAAAGUCGAUAUUUAAAUUGUGCUAGACUAAUCGACGGAGAUGUGGAGUCCAUUGACACAUAUGUUAAUAAUGGAAGAAUGAAGUUAGAUGAAGAGAAAUUAUUUCAACUUUCAAUGGAUUGUGAUUCAAUUCAAAAUCGUAUUUUUCGAGAUAUGCCUCCAUUUGAAAAAUUGAAAAGACCUAUUGCAUUUGUUCGAAAUAUCUAUGGAAUAUAUGAAUUACAAGAGGUUUUUCUAUCCAUUUCAUAUCACCCGGAUAACUAUUUCUGUUAUGCAAUGGAUUCAAAAAGUAGUGAAAAAUUGAAGAAAUCUAUGAGAAUAAUGGCUGAUUGCUUUGAAAAUGUGAUUGUGUUGGAUAAAGAAUAUGAUAUGGAUAGAGCUGGUCAUAAACAAGAUGCUGCACAUUUUGAUUGUUUAAAACAAAUUCUUGAUGAACAUUGGAGUCAUGCCAUUACAUUACAGAACUUCGACUUGAUAAUCAAAUCUCCUAAACAACUAUCUGAUCUCAGUGAAAUUCUAAAUUACACCAGUAUCAUGGGUUUUGACUAUGGAUUUACAAGUAGAUAUCGAACAUUUGAAGAUUGGACUCCAGCUGGAAUGAAACUUUUCAAAAAUGAACAAAGUGUACCUCUGGAAAUACUCCACAAAAAACUAAAAAUUCGAAAAAGUUUAAACGAAGUAAUCCUUUCGAAGGUAUUUGUCAAGUCUUUAUUUGAUAAAGUGAAUCUGCAAAAUGUAAUCAAAAGAUUUGAUGAUAGAACGCUUUUUGGGGUUGACGAAAUGAUGGUUAUGACACUUUUUGAAAACUAUUUGGGAUUAGAUGGGCAAAUGGAAUCUAAUUGUACCGUGGCAAAGGAAGAUAUAUUAACACGUCAAACUCAUUGGCAUCUUGAACAAUCCGACGGACUAUAUCAAGAUUGUAAAUCCAAGUGGUUAAGGCAUUCAAUAUGUGUAAUUGGAGUCGAAUUUCUACAAGAACUUUCAAAAAGUCCGAUGGUUAUUGCAAACAAAGUGACCGCCAACUUCGAUUUUGGAACGAUAAUUUGCGUUCGUGAAAUGAUAAAAACCAAUAAAACAGGAAAUAAUCCAGAUUCUCAAUGGCUUUCCUACUUUCCACAGUUUCGUGAGAUGUUGUUGAAAGCUAAUGGAACUUAUUACAAGAAUAGUUUUCAAUGUUGA